UUCUUUUUACUUUUGGCAAAGCCAUUGAAGAGAUCCCAUUAUUAUCACCAUUCACAGUCCAGUGACAUGCCAUGCAAUUUAGUCUAUGUUCUUCUACAUAGGCAACUGAGCUAUCCUACUACUGCCUACUCUGUCUUCUGGAUUCCAGGCUUUGAGAUUUGAUCAAAGGCGGGAUUUUGUAAUCUCAAGGAUUACCCUUUUCCUCUGAUGAUUUUCACUUUUUUUUUUUUAAAUAAAUAAAAAUAAAAUAAAAUUUUCCCUAAUAUCUUCUUCAUUCUAUCUUUUUGCACUUUGUGUGGAUUUGAUUGAGUUUCAAGUACAAUAAUGCAAUCUUAUAGAUAAAUUUCCAGUGAACUUGUUUGUUUGUACUGUUAAACUUUUGUUGUUUUUGUUUUUCUUUUGGCUGAAAGUACUUUGAAACCUCGAUUUAUUCAAAUCUCCUCAUUUUACAAUCUACAAUGGUUCUUCUAUUAGACAUUCUGGGUUGUUCCGAUCUUUAACCUCAUUGUUGUCUAAAUUUGAUUCAGCAAUGUAGGCUAGUGGUUUCGUGUUUUGUCAGAAAUUUUUUAUGUACAAAAAUCGAACCACUCCCAUACAUAAAGGAGGAACAAGCUAGAUUUUUAAAGUCUUUUUAAAGUUCUUUAAUGGGAUAUUCCAAGGGUCAAGACUUAAGAGCUAAUGUCAGUAGAGUAGACGUUUGGUUUUUCAUUUUUGGUUCUUUUGAUUGGAGAACUUUUACUUGGUUUGUUUAUCCUUGUAAUCUAUGUUCGUGUAUUUUAAGUUGAAUUAUACGAUUCUGUUCUGUCACACAAGAACUCUAGAUUUGUGUUGAGACAUAAUUGUGAUUGGGGGAAUCAAAACUGUUACUCCCUUUUAGAGUUUUGAGAAAAAUCUCUAUGUUUGAGUUGAGGUUUCAUGGUAAAAUGUUUUAUAAUAUAGUUGUUUCCUCCUUUCUCACUGCAGCGUAUGUUAUUGUUUAUCUAUUUUUAUUCUCUUGUUCUUUUUUAUUUAUUUUUUCAGUGAAGAAAUUAGAGAUUCAGAAACCUUUAUAGCUUUUUAUGUGAAUUGAAUUCUUAAUAUAUUUUUUUAAGCUCAUACUUUUUUUUUUUUGCUUUUUGUUUUUGACAACAUCAUAGUCUCUAGUAAGGAUGAGCAAAGUUGAUGACUGGGGGGAUGAAUGCUCCGUCAUUGGAGAUAAAGGAGAAGUUGGUUUCAUUGACUAUGAAGAUGACAGGUCUGUUUGUAGUUACAACCCAGAGGAAGAAGGUCCAAUUAUUGUCUCUGUUCCUUUCCCAUUUGUGAAUGGGAAGCCUCAAUCAAUACUUGCAGGACAAACAACUUCAGAUUCAAUUACAAUAAAGAACACGACCACUGAACCCGUUGAUCUCUGGGGUGUAAAGAUUUAUGCCUCAACCCCAGAAGACACGUUCACGAUUUCUCUAAUGGAGCCUCCGCGGGCAGAUUCUGAUGUAAAAGCCAUACAAGCAUUCCUUGAAUCUCAUUCCUUGGAAGACAGGGUGCUUCAGCCUGGUGAGACUUUGACUGUAUGGCUUUCUUGCAAACCCAAGGAAGUUUGUAUGCACACUGGAAUAGUGCAUUUUGAUAUCGAUAAUGAUACUACAGAAAGAGUCGUUUUUCUCUUGGCGGAUGAUAAGAUUUCUCAGACACUUGCUUCCAGGAAUCCUUACUCAAAAAACAUUAGAAAGAAAAAACAGUUUACUGUGGAUUCAUAUGUUACAGCUCCACGUCCUUCUAGAGGGAAUCGCCAAUUUGUAAGAAAUAGGCUUCCGCGAUAUGAUAUUCCAAGAGAAAUUAGAGAACUUCUUCAAGAAAAUCAGAUCCCUGAUUGCGUUCAUGAGGGGCUUACUAGUAGAAGAAACUAUUCUUCUUUCUUUAAAACUUUACUUAUUAUGGAAGAGCUACAAUUGGAGGAAGACAUGAGGACCUAUGACAUGGAGCGUGUCUGUUUCAGGAGAAAGGGAAACCAAUUUUUGUCCCUUGAAGUCCCUGGGCUUGCUGAGAGAAGACCAUCACUUGUCCAUGGGGAUAUUAUUUUCACUAAGCUUGCCUUUGAAGAUGCACGGAGUCCCUCAUAUCAGGGUUGUAUCCACCGAGUUGAGGCUGACGAAGUGCAUUUGAAGUUUGCCCCAGAUUUUCAUUCACGGCAUAGAGAUGAUAAUAGCUAUAAUGUACAGUUUACAUAUAACCGAAUCAACAUGAGAAGGUUAUAUCAAGCUGUUGAUGCUUCAGCACAAUUAGAGAAAAGCUUCUUGUUUCCAUCUGAGGCCUGUGAAAGAAGGCAGAUUAUAAGGAAGCCACUUGUCCCUAUAUCUUGUGUGCUUAAUGAGGAACAAACCCGUUCCAUUGAAAUGAUCCUUGGCUGCAAAGGAGCCCCACCUUAUGUGAUUCAUGGCCCUCCAGGCACAGGCAAGACAAUGACACUGGUGGAAGCAAUCCUUCAGCUCUACAAGACUCAAAGACAUGCUCGGAUUCUUGUGUGUGCACCUUCUAAUAGUGCAGCAGACCACAUAAUGGAUAAACUCAUUUAUGAGAAGGCUGUUAAGCUUAAACAGAGUGAAAUAUUCAGACUCAAUGCAUCUGCCCGUCCUUAUGAAGAGAUGAAUCCGGAUUAUAUUCACUUUUGCUUCUUUGCUGAAAAUGUCUUCAAGUGUCCUCCAUAUGAUGCCCUUGUGCACUAUAGGAUCAUUGUAUCCACAUAUAUGAGUGCCUCUCUUUUGUUUAGUGAAGGGAUCAAGCAAGGUCACUUCUCUCAUAUUUUCUUGGACGAAGCUGGGCAAGCUUCAGAACCAGAAACAAUGAUUUCAGUAGCAAAUCUCUGCAACAAGAAUACUGUUGUAGUUCUUGCUGGUGACCCUUUGCAAUUAGGUCCAGUUAUAUACUCCAAAGAUGCAGAAACCUAUGGUUUGGGAAAAUCUUACUUGGAGAGGGUGUUUGAAUCUGAGCUUUACAACGAUAUGGAUGAAAAUUAUAUAACAAAACUAGUCAGAAAUUACAGAUGUCAUCCACAAAUUUUACAUCUACCCUCAUUACUGUUUUACAAUGAAGAAUUGAUUCCAUGUAAAGACGGAAGAAGUUCUUUCAUGGAAAAGGUGGACUUUCUUCCGGACAGAGAAUUCCCUGUUCUUUUCAUUGGCAUCCAAGGCUUAGAUGAGAGGGAAGGAAGUAAUCCAUCAUGGUUUAAUCGAUUUGAGGCAAGCAAAGUGGUUGAAAUCAUAAGAAAACUGACAGCACACGGGGAUUUGGAUGAUGAAGACAUUGGGGUUAUAACACCAUAUAGACAGCAAGUGCUCAAACUGAAGAAAGCUUUUGAAGGUUUAGAGAUGACUAAUAUAAAAGUGGGGAGUGUUGAACAAUUCCAAGGGCAAGAGAAGGAAGUGAUCAUAGUAUCUACGGUCCGAUCAACAAUUAAACACAAUGAAUUUGACAAAAACCACUGCUUGGGAUUUUUGAGCAAUCCAAGAAGGUUUAAUGUGGCUAUUACUCGUGCUAUAUCUUUGCUAAUCAUAAUUGGAAAUCCACAUAUCAUCUGUAAGGAUACAUACUGGAACAUGCUUUUAUGGCGUUGCAUAGACAACAACUCAUAUCAAGGUUGUCCCCCACCUGAAAGGCAGGAGGAGUAUUUUGACGAGGAACCUUUGCAAGAAUAUGGAUCAAACAACGUUGUUCAGGGUGAAGAGCCCUCACAAUCAGAGCUUCCUAAACCUGGUACUGACGAAGCUGAAUGGUCUGAUGGAUGGAAGUGAUUACGCACAAUAUUUGAUAUUAACAAGGCAUCUCUUUUUGGUGUGUUUGUUAGCUGUAGAACUUCGAUACACAUAAUAGUUUUUGUUAGUUGGUGAUGAGCAAUUUACUCUAGAGAUCUGAGUUUGAAAGCAAAACUGCAAGGAAAGCUUUCUUGGUAUAUAGAAAAGUUAAAUGACAUUUUACCACGUUAAUGUUUUGUUUACA